AUGUCAUCACUGGCGACGCGGGCAGCCAGCAAGCGACGCUCACUCUCCACCGCCGCCAUCCUCGAACUCUACCACACCUCGCCCCAUCUCCGCAACUUCCUCCGCAACUACCCGCUGGCAUGGAAGACGCUGUCCUUCCGGCUGCCCCAGCCCGCAGUCGCCAUGGGCUCGCCCGGCAACGAGACACCCGACAACAGGGAGCGCCAGUCCAAGGCCUACUCCUUCGAUGCCCUCCUCAAGCAGAUUGUCGCGCCCAAUGGAACACGGCUGACCAGUUUGGACCUCUGCAACACCGCCGUGACGGGCAUCGCGCUCAUCGGCAGCGUGCUUGCGCCGCGCAUCGACACGCUGCAGCAUCUGUCUGUACGCGGCUGCAAGAACGUGUCCAUCAAAUACCACAUUGUCCCCUUUCUUGAGCCCUACACACUAAAAGACACGCCAUGGAAACAGAAGGAUCUGGCCCUCAAGUCCCUCUACACAUAUCGCUGCAGACACCAUCGUCGACGACCCUACCUCCCCGCCUCUCUGAUUCGCAGAGACUCUGAUUCCGACCCCACCCACCAGCUCAUCGAGAUCUGCCAUCAGCUAGGCAUCUGGACCGACACGGCAUGGUGUCCCACCCCGGGUGGCAGGUGUAACAGGAGGAAAGAAUAUCACCAGGGAAGAGCAGGACCGCAAAAUCAGGAAGUCUGGGUGCCUUUUGAUAGGCUCUGGAGAUCAGGCAACCGCAUCGGCCCAGUCGAGGGUACAGCCAAACUCGGCGGACACGAUGGCCGAUUGUGGGAAAUUGCCGAUACCGGGCAGGAUGGUGAGCCGCUCGGUCCUGGGGACGGAGACUUUGCAGGAGAAGGCAAGCAUGUCCCAGCACACAUGAGAAGAAGCCACACGCUGUUUGUAGAACAAGUCAAAUGCACACAAUGCGACGACUUGAUCCUUGAGCGCUGCGAGUCUUGCAGUGUCCGCAUGCACUGCAUGGGCUGUCGCAAGACACUUUGCGCGAGCUGUGCAUUCAACAAGCCAAUACCGAGGAAACGAGCAAAGACACGGCAUUUCACGAACCUAGCCUUUGGAAACAGCCAUACGGUCGGCGGCACGCUUGGGCAUGUGUCGGGGUCUACGACCUCGCUCGAAAUCAGGACUCGAGAAGAGCAUGUCGAGAAGGACAGGUUCUGGUGGGCCCCUGGGGCCUCGCGUUCUCCAAACCUUAUGAACGAGAGCGCGCAGGACGACGACUCGUCGGAUUCCGAAGACGGCGGGAUGAUGCACAACGGAAUGCCUCUGCCGCCAGGGAACCGAGAGCCACCAAAGCUGAACAUGUCCUGGUGUUGUCUGGAGCCCAUCUUCUCUGGUGGCGGCGGUAUCGCCGUUCUCGGAUCUGGAUUAGGGGGUCGAGGGGCAGACAAAAUUCGAGCAGCGCCCCUGCCACGAAUCAAGGAGUUUGAAGACCCGGAUUUCAGCAACCAGCUUCGGCCAGUGGACUAUAUCCGUGAAUUGAGGAGCAAUGGCCUUUAUGAGUAUGUUCUUGGCGAGGAUGUCGACAUAUUGUCGUAUCUCAAGCAAGAAUCACUCGAUCUGCAACAAAACACUUGUCCCAGGGGUUUGUGCCAAGACUGCUACAGGAGUUUCAGGUGGAAGGUGUCAUGUCGAGCCUGCAAAAAUCCGAUAUGCAAGGAACAUGACUUUAGAGCCCUCAAGGUCCGCAAAUGUGGCUAUCGAGACCUCCACACCGAGCGCGAGCACGUACUGUCUCACACUGAGCCACCACAGCGCCUACUCAUCCCUGAAUUCAGCCCAAACCGUUCCAAUACACCGGAUCCCGAACGCACGCCCACCGCAACCUCACACAACGACAUUUACACAACCGCAGACAAUGAAUCGGAGUCUUCGGAAACGCCCAUGUCACAGUCACAGAUCCUCCUUGCUCCAUCCGCGCUCACAUCUGUGGACAUGUCAGCGAGCACGUCUUUCAACUCCAAGGCCACAAAUGAGCCGUUUUAUCUAGCAGCUUCUCUCUCCUACCUACCCAUCAGCUCGUCACGGCCGCGAUCCUAUAGCGUAUCAGGCGUCCGAGGCCGUCAAGGAAGCUCCUGGCCAGCUUCACCUCGACCAAAUCCCAAUCCGAUCACGAAUCCGCUUCCCCUCCCGUGCAAUCCACGACAUCCAGUUCAAUGGGAAGGCUGUGGCGCUUAUUUCUGCCAAUAUCCCCGCCCUGUGGGGGAUAAUCGACCGCAGUGCCCCGCGCUACUCAAGGAGUGCUCGGAGUGCGCGGUGUUGGUUUGUGAUCAAUGCUCCGCUUCCAACCCAACAUGCACAUGUACCUUUUGCACCGUCAACUAUCACUGUCCGACCUGUACUCGCAAACCCCAAGUCCGCGCCAAGUGUCGCCUCGACGCCGAAGUCAAGGCCAAAAAAGACGCCGAGCUCCGCGAGCUUGCGCGAAGAGAAAAAGACAAGGAGGAGCGUGGCCAGGCCGACGAGUUGGCAGGAGCCAUGUACGAAUUCUUCGCCGGCGUGUUUGAAGAAGUCGCUACCACGACAUCUGAACCCGUCACCAGCAACGAAUGCAACAGCGGCAACGCUAUCAACACGCGCGCCAGUUCUCUGGGCGACCUCGUCCCCCCAAUGCCCAGCCCGGAUUCCAUCACCGUCACCACAGAAUUCGGCGUUUCGGAGGAAGCCGCGCAUCAAAUCACCACGACGGUCAGCGCCGCCGGCCCUUCACCCUAUCACACGUCGUUUGACGCCCAGGACGAGGAGAAUCAGGUCGAGAUGACAGAGGACGUGGGCGAACAACAACCCUCGAACACGACUAUGCCUGCCGCCUCGCUGCCACAGCCUGCUACCCAACCAGACGGCAAUGAGUCGGUGCACCAGGUCAACGACACCGCAGAGGAAUCUGGUCUCGAUACCGAUCAUGUCCACGUCGAGCCAGAUGUCCUGGGCGGGAAUCUCACACCUACUCCUAGUACCCCUACCGCCACUGCAGUCGCCGCUUAG